UUCUCUAUUAAAAAAUAAAUUUAUAAAACCAUUACAGACAUGCCUAGAAAAUGCUCAGUAGGUAAUUGUCGUGGAAAUUAUGACAGUGCAAAUGAGCAUGUUAAAGUUUACAAAUUUCCAAGUGACAAAGAAUUAUGCGAAAGAUGGUUAGCAGCUUUACCAAAUAAAAUUCAAUCACCAACAAACAAUAUGGGUGUUUGUGAAAAGCACUGGCCUUUGGGGUGUAGUAUGCACUAUCCAAAAAGAUCUAAAUAUCAGAUUCCAUCAGAUCCUCCUUCACUAUUUCCUGGGUGUUUUCCUUCAUGUUACGACAAACAGGCAAAACAUUCCGUCAAAUAA